AUGAGAAUCAAUGUAUUGUUCAUCGUGACAUUAUCUUUUCUAGUCUACGUUGAGUCAUUGCCGACGAAACCAACUCUAAACUUUGAGUCAAUCUUUAAUUUCGGAGAUUCGUUAAGCGACACCGGAAACUUUUUAAUAUCCACCGGUGCUUACGUUCCGAACAUAGGAAGGCCACCCUACGGACAAACCUUUUUUAACCGGUCCACCGGUCGUUGCUCCGACGGACGCCUUAUCAUCGACUUCAUCGCUGAGGCAAGUGGACUACCAUACCUUACACCGUAUCUCGAGAGUGUACGGUCGAACAAUACGGUGGAUUUCAAGAAAGGAGCAAAUUUCGCGGUGGUUGGAGCAACGGCGAACGAGUUUGACUUCUUUAAAAAAAGAGGUCUUUUAGUAACGUUAGUGACGAACAAGUCACUUGAUGUUCAAUUUGAUUGGUUCAAGAAGUUGAAACCUUCUCUGUGCAAAACCAAACCAGAAUGUGAAAAAUAUUUCAAAAAAUCUCUAUUUUUGGUCGGAGAAAUUGGUGGAAACGAUUAUAAUUACCCACUUCUAGCAUUGCGAAGUUUAAAACAUGCAAUGGAUUUGGCACCAUUCGUCAUUGACAAAAUCAUCAACGUUACAAGUGCAUUGAUAGAAGAAGGUGCGGUAACACUGAUGGUUCCAGGGAACUUUCCGAUCGGUUGUUCUGCGGUUCUCUUAGAGCGGUUUAACGAUAAUAAUAAAUGGCUCUAUGAUUCGAGGAACCAAUGCUACAAACCAUUGAACAAUGUGGCUAAGCUUCACAACGAUAUGCUCAAGAAAGGACUUGAGUCCCUAAGGCUAAAAUACCCUCAUGCCAAAAUUAUGUAUGCUGAUUAUUACAGUUCCGCCAUGCAAUUUUUCAACUCACCUGCCAAAUACGGUUUCACUGGAAGUGUCCUAAAGGCAUGUUGUGGUGAAAAAGAUGGAAGAUACAAUGCAAAACCAAACGUUAGGUGUGGAGAAAAGGGAUCGACCACUUGCGAAUAUCCAUCAACGUACGCAAAUUGGGAUGGUAUCCAUUUAACUGAGGCAGCCUACCGCCACAUUGCAACGGGGCUCAUCUCUGGCCGUUUCACUAUACCUUCUUUUAGGAAAAAUAAAGGGUUCACUCCAAUAAGUGAACCUAAAAGCAAAUGA